AUGGAGCACAGGUUGUAUGCUAAAUAUGAGAAAUGUCAGUUCUGGCUCUCUAAGGUGAGAUUCUUGGGUCACGUUGUUUCUAAGGAUGGGGUUGCUGUAGAUUCCUCGAAGAUUGAGGCGGUACAGAAUUGGGAGCAACCUAGGAACGCAUUUGAGAUUUGUAGAUUCUUAGGUCUUACCGGUUACUAUAGAUGGUUUGUGAAAGACUUCUUCGUGUUAGCUUCUCUGUUGACUAGGCUAACGAGAAAGGGAGUGAAGUUUGUUUGGGAUGAAUCGUAUGAGAAAUCCUUCUUAGAGAUGAAGGCUAGACUAACUAUUGCACCAGUUUUAGUCAUUCUAGAAAGAGAUUUGGGUUAA